AUGGCUGAUAAGAUUCACCCAGAGGGCGAAAAGGUCGCCGAUGUCUCUGGACAUCAUGAAGAGCGUGGCACUCACCAGCCCGACCCAGUUGAGCUCAGCCGCAACAUCGAAGCAAAGAUCAAGAAUCCUCUCGAGGGAAUCCCAUACAACCAGCUCAUGCGCGAUGUCGACGCCUUUUGCACUGAGCACGGACUACAGGAGGAGGUUGCCGUGUUCCGCAAGGGCGCACUGGUAGCUCAAGAUCCAGAAGGCUAUGAGACUCUCACCGGCAGUGAAGCUCUCGACGAGGCUGAAAUUACAGCUUUGCGAGAGGAAGUCACCCACAAGUGGCGUUUGCCCAAGAAGCUCUACUUGACCAUCAUCACUUGCUCAAUCGGCGCUGCCGUUCAAGGAUGGGAUCAGACUGGCACCAACGGCGCCAACAUUUUCUUCCCCGAGGAAUACGGCAUUGCAACCAGCAGCACCAGAGACCGUCUCAUCCUCGGCCUAGUCAACGCUGGCCCUUACAUUGGUAGCGCUCUCUGCGGUUGCUGGCUGUCUGACCCUCUCAACCACUACUUUGGCCGUCGCGGUGUCAUCUUCUUCUCGGCUCACUUCUGUAUCUGGCCUCUCAUCGGUUCCGCUUUCAGCCACAACUGGCAACAACAACUCGCUAACCGUCUUCUCAUGGGAAUUGGUAUGGGCGCGAAGGCCUCGACCGUACCCAUCUACGCUGCCGAAAACUCUCCGCCAUCGAUUCGUGGCGCCCUGGUCAUGUCAUGGCAAAUGUGGACGGCGUUCGGCAUUGCACUGGGAACUGCCUUCAACCUGGCAGUCUACUACGCCAAGUACAACUGGCGUCUGAUGCUCGGCGCUCCUUUCCUCCCCGCCGUUCCCUUGCUCUGCUUAAUCUACCUCUGCCCUGAAUCUCCCCGUUGGCUCAUGAAGAAGGGUCGUUACCGCGAUGCUUGGAAGUCCAUGAUCCAGCUCCGACAUAACAACAUCCAAUGCGCUCGUGAUAUGUACGCUAUUCACGCCCAGCUGCAGCUUGAGAGUCAAGUCCUGGGCAAAAGCAACUAUGCUAGCCGCUUUAUGGAACUCUUCACCAUUCCUCGCGUGCGCCGCGCCAACUUGGCUGCUUUCACCGUCAUGAUUGCCCAGCAGAUGUGUGGUAUCAAUAUCAUUGCCUUCUACUCGACAACUAUUUUCAAGGAUGCCAACAUGGGCGAUUUCCAGGCUCUGCUCGGUUCAUUCGGUUUCGGAAUGGUCAAUUGGCUCUUUGCCUUCCCUGCAUUCUGGACCAUUGACACCUUUGGCCGAAGAUCCCUGCUUCUGUUCACCUUCCCUCAGAUGACUUGGACUUUGUUGGCCGCUGGUCUUUGCACGUUGAUUGCGCCCGGUGUAACUCGCACUGCUCUGGUAUCUCUCUUCGUCUACCUUUUCGGCGCCUUCUACUCGCCUGGUGAGGGUCCUGUACCCUUUACCUACUCUGCCGAGGUCUACCCCCUCUCUCAUCGUGAGAUGGGUAUGGGUUUCGCCGUGGCCACUUGCCUGUUCUGGGCCGCCAUUUUGGGAAUGACUUUCCCGUUCAUUCUCGACAGACUCCACGUUGUUGGUGCCUUUGGUCUCUACGCUGGUUUCAACGUCGUUGCCUUCGUUAUGAUCCUGUUCUGGGUCCCCGAGACCAAGCAACGUACGCUGGAAGAGCUCGACUGGGUCUUUGCUCUGCCCACCGCCCGCUUUGCGCACUACCAGGUCACCAAGGCGAUUCCCUACUUCUUCAAGCGCUGGGUCUUCUUCGACCGCAAUGCUAAGCUGGAGCCUCUCUACACCUUCCAGCAACACCAGCGUGAGCAGCGCGCGGAGCGUGUCCCCAGCUCCGAUGAAGAGAAAAAGAGCUACUAG